CCGUACCUCGCCGCGAGUGUGUGUAUUGUCUGCGCUCAGCAUUUUCAUAACAUUCCUCGCGUGAAGUGAAACUUUAUAAAAAAAUAUUUCGUUCCAAUAACAAAUGGGCGUCGAUAGUGAAACGUAAACUUGUGAUGAUGCACAGUGCUCUGUGAGGAUUGCGUCGUCUGACAGUUGGUAAUAGUGCAGUUUGCAUUCUUGCCGAGUUCCGCCCGCUCGGAAGAGGACAGUUAAAGAGUGACAGUUUGCUGUGUUUUGUGCGAGUUUUUCUCGAGGAAGUUCACUGUGUUUUGGUCGGAGGCCGUCGUGAACACCGGCCCCGACAUGGAGGGUUACUUCGACAUCUCUAACGAUCUGAAGGACGUCUGGGAGGCGGACAUUGACCCGGAGAUGCAAGAUGUACUGGAAGAGGAUUCAGAGAUGAGCGACUGGCUGAUUGAGCGGGAUUCAAAGUCAGGAGUGGUGCUGCACGACCGGCUGAUGACAGACGCCGCCCUGGGGGCCGCCCCCAUCAAGACAGAGCACUCCUACAGCCUGCACUCAGACGUCGAGUCCGCGCCCCCCUCGCCACAUCAUACCAAAGUUGAUGACAUGGAAGACGAAUGCUACCCAGCGAUGCCAGCCAGCGCGUGGAGUAGCCGGCGGAGGUCCAGCGAAUCGCCUCCUCGGGAGGUGAAGGCGGAGCCCAAGUCUGAGCCAGAGUCUCCAGCGUCCUCCUGCCCGCCCUCACCCACCCCCGGCACGCCUGUCGCACACCUCGACUAUGUUAUUGACCAUACGACUGGUACAAUCCACAUGCCGCAAGCAGUCCUACAGAAGGUGGGCGCAGCGGGGAUGCCACAGCUGCUGCUGAGCGCGGCGCCGCGGCUCGCCACCUCGCUCAACUCCAACAAACUAUCCAUCAAAGUCACCUCUAGUUCGGGAGCUUCAGGGUUCAACUUGCCCCCGACGCCGCCAUCGUCCCUGUCGUCAUCGGACAGCGAGGGCGCGCUGUCCCCAGCGCACGAGGCGUCGGCCGCGCCGCUCGCGCCUCCCGCCGCGCCCGCGCGACGCUCGCACCUGUACGUGUCGCACCACACACGACAGCCCAUCAACACGCCGCUUAUCAGCAGUCAACCGAAAGGUUCAACUGGAACCCUGGUGCUAACAGAAGAAGAGAAACGCACGUUACUCGCAGAAGGUUACCCUGUCCCUACCCGUCUACCUCUAACCAAGGCCGAGGAGAAAUCCCUCAAGAAGAUUAGGAGGAAAAUAAAGAACAAGAUAUCAGCACAAGAAAGCAGACGCAAAAAGAAAGAGUACAUGGACCAGCUGGAGAGGAAGGUGGAAAUCCUGAUAUCGGAGAACACAGACUACAGGAAGCGGGUGGAGACCCUGGAGCAAAAGAACGCGAGCCUGCUGAGCCAGGUGGCCUCGCUGCAGGCCAUCGUGGCGCGCGGCCGCAAGUGACCGCGCCAGCCGCUCUAGAUAUCCUUGUCCAAAUGUAACGCUGUCCCAUAACGGAAGGAAUGUAUAUUUUGGAUGUAUUUACAUUUACGUCGCGUACACCAAGUGUCCGGGGAAGAACUGUCAGCGUUUGAAUGGUUGCUCACUGUAUUUGUUAGGAAAUAGGUAUUCUGUGGUGCUGGAUCAAUAUACCUGCUGCGUCAGUAUACAAACUGUCUUGUGCCACACUAGAUAUUUAUUUUAUACGACUCUGAAACAGUUUUCGUUCGACGAGACGGCGAGGGAUGACUCGAUAACAGGGAAUUAUAGUACUGGGGUUUUAGAUAAGUAUCGAUAAUUAUUUACGCGUGUUGUUUGAAAUCUCGUAAUAUAUAUAAUGGCGCUGUAACGGCGAUAAAUAGAUUGUAAGUUUUAUCAUUAUGCGUGUUUUCAUUGAAAAUAUGUGCAAUUAGUUUAAGGUUUUAUUGUUACCCAAAGCAUACGAUGUAUUGUCGCGCGCCUGUCGCCUCGCAAUCACAGGAGCCUGUCUGUAUGCGGCCUAAUUUUAAUGGUAUUUGACACUAGAUUAAACAAUAGAGACUACUAAACUACUUAAUAUAGUUUCGGGACAUAUCGCGGGACCCUGGAGCCGAUGUCCUCGAGUCCGCGGGAAUCUUCGUAGCAUAAUAUUGUAAGGCGAGCAAUGUACCAGCGUGCGUCUUACCGACUAAUAUUGAAUUCCAUGAAUUUGCAUUUAUAGCGAAAUGUGUAUUGUCCUAGAGAUUUUACCUUGUAUUUAAGAUAAAGUUAGUUAUGUAUCUAAUAAUGGACCUAUUUAAAGCCGAUCGUGUGACAAGUGUUUUCGGUUAUGUCUAGUCUGUCAUGGAACCGCCGGGUCUCGUUGUGGAGGCCUCAGAUGUAAACAUUAGCUGUAUACAAUAUCAGUUCAUACUGCGCUCUGUAUCGACAAGUACAAAAUAAUGGCAUGCCUUCAACGGAAAUAACGUAACUAACUGUAUUCAGCUAACUCAUUUAUUUACAUGCAGUAUUUUAACUAUAAGGGCUGUGUCGCAACAAAUGCAGAGGUGUAGACACCAACUUGACUACAUUUCACGCUGUUCGUCUUUCCUCUAGCACAAAUUUAAAACUUGUAACAAAUGCCUGUCACAUCUCCACAGUAACUAUAUCUAAACUCCAGCUUGUAAUCUUGUUUUAAUCACCCAACAUUGUCUAACCUCUGUGUUGCUGUCGAAACACCUAGAAGCUAAAAAGUAAUCCGUUUCAAGCAAUAACGUCUAGCAGAAUCUCCAGUGUCAGUGCAUUAGUGUGUCGCGUUGGUCUUGCCAACAGCCGCAGCUUCACAACACCACAGCGGACUGCUAGUGAUCUUCCUAACAUUCUUUUAACACUAAACAUUCCAUUUCUUAGUAAUAUGAGUGACUUAAAGUGAGCUCGAGUACUUAUUACAAAUAAUCGUAGUCUAUUAACCAACUUAAAAAAAAAACAUGUGUAAUAGAUAAAUGUGCUGUUUAAACAUUUUCGUUGGAAUUUAGAAGAGUAGCCAAUAUUUGAAUGUAGAAUUAAACUUGUUUCUAUCAGCUUGUAGAUUAUGACGUAUGAAUUUUGAAAGUAGAAUUGUAACAUCGACAAUUUGGCGUCGUUAUUUACAUAGUUUGAUAUCGAGUUUGUAAAUAUUUUUAACAUGAUAUAUUAAUCUAUUUACCUGAAUGCCUGUAUAUAGGCCCAAAUAUCAUUGUUUCGUAUUAAUAUUUCACUGUUUGUGCAAUUAAUUUGUUCACUUAUACACUCCUAAAUGUUCUUCCUAUUUAGUCAUAAGAAAAUGUUCUAUUUAUAUAGCGCUGAAUUAAUAUAUCGACAUAUUAUUAACCUGACUUAUCAGGGAACGUUUUAAAAGAAUUGAGAUAUAUUUUAAGAGAUUUUUUCUAAGGAAAUUUUAGAUAUAUAUAAAUACUGUUUUACAUGUCUUUAUCACUAUACAAGUUAGGUCUCUAGUUAGAGUAUCGUUAGUAUCUACAUACAAGUUUAUUAUUGGAACUGCAGUGUGCCUGUCAAUCAACUGAUGAUUAUGUGGAGUAAGUGUGAUGAAAUGGACAUCGCUAUGUUCGUGUUUAUGGCUGAGCUCGCGAGUGGAACUGGCGCCGGUUCAGCUCGCGACCUAGCUCCGUGACGAGUCUGCGUAAGCGCUCCUCCGGUCGACACCGAGACAAUCGGAAAUCGUCGAAACACGUGAGUAGAGCCUAAACUUGUAAACAUAUGUCACUCAAGUUAUAUUAUAAAAAGAAAUCAGAGAGUAUCGUAUCCUUUAUAGAAAUUAUAAUUAUUUAAAAAUGAAUUAUCCAAUUCCUAAUAUGGCAUUUACCGUCGGAAAAAGUGAUUUUAUAGGAAUUAUGUGAAUUAACUGACGUUAGUAAUAUAUUUAACUUAUAAUGGAAUUAAUAUAUGAGAGAGGUGCGUUUGCACCGGGCUUAUGACAUAAUAACUUGUAAUGUAAACGAAAUGCCAAACAUACUUACUUUUAUGUUAUUAUGCACCAUUAUAUACAUACAUAUUUUGUGUGACGUGUCGUGCGUGUGUCACCCGCGACCCCGUGGCCGCCGAUGGCUCGUUGUCGGGCAUCGGUGGCCGCUGUGCGUCGGCCUCGGGUGACCGCUGUCCGCCGCCCGCGUGAGGGCGAGCGAUCUUGUUAUUCAAUAUAAAGUGUAAUUUUAUUAAUAGUUUUAUUUGUUAAAACUAUACGUUACCUUGAGUCAUGAUUUGUUGAAUCGUUUGUUUUAUUAUUAUUUUUCAAUGACAUUGCGGAUUUUACUGUCACACUUCUAAUAAAACGUCAAAUAAUGUAA